AUGGCUUACAUUUCUUCAUCUUCUUCUUCUUAUGCUUCACCAGCACUUGAGAAAGUAAUCAACGAAGCAAUGCUUUCAGUAAUCAUUUUCUCCGAAAACUAUGCUUCUUCCACUUGGUGCUUGGAUGAGCUUGUUCAAAUACUUGAAUGCAGGGAAAAAGGACAGAUUGUGAUAUCUGCUUUCUAUGGCGUAGAUCCAUCCCAUGCACGGAAACAGAAGGGCAGUUAUGCAGCUUCCAAGUUGAUUGAGGGAAUUGUUAAAGACAUUUUGAAGAAGUUGAAUUACAAGUUGUCAAUAAGUGAAGUAAAGGGUUUGUUUGGAAUUGAAGAGCAUAUUAAGAAAGUCAAGUCUUUAUUACGUAUGGAUUCCCCAGAUGUUCGAGUUGUCGGUAUUUGGGGCAUGGGUGGUAUAGGCAAGACCACCCUAGCUGGUGCUGAAGAAAAAAUAAAUAGGGGCUCCUCAUUUGUGGAAUACGCGUCUAUUAAAUACAGAUUGCGCCAAAUGAAAGUCUUCAUUGUUGUUGAUGAUGCCAAUAAUUCAAGUCAGAUAGAAUUUUUAGUUGGGGAUCACGAUCAGUUUGGCUAUGGAAGUGGAAUCAUUGUAACAGCUAGAAAUGUACAAGUGCUGAGGCAAGUAGCUGAUGAGAUUUACAGAGUUGAGGGGUUAAAUGAUUCUGAAGCUUUUGAUCUUUUAUAUUCAAAUGCUUUUAACGGAAACACCGUGGGAACAGAGCACUUGGUACUCUCACAACGGGUGGUAGAUUAUGCAUGUGGCAAUCCAUUGGCUAUUAAAGUUUUGGGCUCUGUCCUUUAUUCCAAGAGCAAAGAAGAAUGGGAAAGUGCACUGGAUAAACUGGAAACAGUUCCAAAUAAGGACAUUCAAAAUGUGGUGAAAAUAAGUUAUGGUGAGUUAGAUGAUAAGGAGCAAGAUAUAUUUCUUGAUAUUGCUUGUUUCUCCAAAGGAUAUGAUGUAGAUUUUGUAAAAAGAAUACUUGAUGGUUGUGGCCUCUUUGCAAACACAGGAAUACAAAAUUUGUUUGAUAAGUCUCUCAUAAUCAUCAUCCAGAAUAAGCUGCGGAUGCAUGAUUUGCUGCAAGAAAUGGGUAGAGAAAUUGUCCGAGAAGAGUCUAUUAAACGACCUGGAGAUCGUAGUAGAUUAUGGAAAAUGAGAAUAUCCAUCACGUGUUAA